UGCAGUGUGGGUUAUCUUGGCUGUAUUUAUAGGCAAUGUGCUGAUUUUAGUUAUUGGACCUGCUGUGUUAGCAUGGGAAGUUACUGGGGGGUUGUGGAAAAUUACAGCCGAUGGGUGUAAGAACAAAGCACAGGAGCUGGUGGUUUGGCAACAGUAUCUUGUUAUAGUCGCGCGAAGCUUUCCUAACACGAAAGGCAUGUAGUUACAAGGACCUAAGAUAAGAUAUGCAUGCUUUCUUACUAACCUAUCAUGAGCUCAGCUUUUGUAAUAUGUAUGAGCUAAUUAGUUGGUAUACCAAUCAGUAUAAUCCACGAUAGUAGUUGUAAUGUAUGUAACAGUAUAAAAGGAUUGUGUAGAGAACAAUAAAGUGGACACUUUGCUUGCAUCAAGUUGCGUCCCCGUCUCUUCAUCGCGGCAAAUGGUGCCCCCCGACGUGAUCUUUGGUGAAGACUCCGCCGGAGGCUGAUAAUCACCUAUCUGGUGGCGUGCUGCGAGUCCCGCAGAACUGGGAACGCUGCUACAAGGAGCAGGGAAAAGCCGGCUACUGAAGUCAUCACCCCCGUCUGGAACGAGAGGUGAGCUGCGGGAAACUAGCAAAAUGGGGAAUCAGACGAGUUCCCCUGAAAGAGACGUUUAUGAGCUAAUGAAAGCUUUGCUUCAGAAGCAUGGGGGAAAAACCCUUUCGGGUCAGGACCUCAAGCUGAUCCUUAAAUGGGUCCAGGUUAAGAUCCCUACAGUUACUGCUUCUUCGAUUUUUACCCGGGAACUUUGGGACGAUGUACGGGUGAAAUUAUGGGAUGCAGCUACCUCUGGAAAUGAGGAAGCGCAACGUAUGCUCCCACGAUGGAGAAAAAUUUUUGAGGCUGUGAAAGCGCAAGAGCAGAGCCAACGAGGUUCAGAAGGGGAGACAAAGCCCUCUGCACCAUCAUUACCGUUACCACCCCCCUUGGCCUGUGCAGCGGGGUAUCCCCCGGAGGAUGAUCCCUUUGAUCCCGGACCUGUUGAUCCCGAAAAAGAACCCGAUCUUUUCCCUCCUGAUCCUCAUAAUGCCUGGGGAGAGAUCAAACGCCAAGCCUUAAAGGAGGGGGAGUUAGAGAUAGCAAGGACUAUAGUAGCGCCUGUUAUAUAUCAAGGAAGGGGGGGGGCGGCUCAAUGGGAAGCAUUAUCCUUCUCAGUGAUUAAGGAGUUGCGUCGUACGGUUACCGAGCACGGGUUGUCUUCUCCUUAUUUUGCAAGCCUUUUAUCUUCUGUAUUCGAUACAUAUGUCAUGACCCCACAUGAUUUAAAAUCUCUCGUCGCGAUUGUUAUUAACCCCGACGCAAUAUCAAUGUGGGAGUCUCAAUGGAGAACGGGGCUGCAGACAAUUUUGUUGGGGUAUGCGGGACAUGCGAAUGCUGCCCUAGCUGCCUUAACCAUAGAACAUCUUACUGGGACUGGGCAACAUGCAGACCCGGUCGGACAGGCAAGGGAUAUCCCCCGAGAAGCCUUAGAAGCAGUCCGGGAGGAAGCGAAAAAGGCUUUAUUGAAAGUUCCUGAUUCUCAAAAGCCUCAGAAAGCGUUUACUAAUAUCACCCAAGAGCCCCGAGAGCCGUAUAUGCAAUUUGUAGACCGCUUGAAACAAGCCUUAGAUCGGCAAGUAGAUAAUACCGAGGCUCGAGAUAUCCUAUUACUUAAAUUAGCAGUGGAAAAUGCCAACGCUGAUUGCAAAAAACUUUUAAAAUCGCUUCCAAACCAAAAUCCUACUUUGAUUGAGAUGAUUGAGGCGUGUAACAGAAUUGGCACUAUGGAUUAUAAAUAUGAAGCGAUGGCUGCUGCCUUUGCGGCCAUGCGCGGACCUGUGGGAAACAGUAAGCAACAGAACUGUUUCGGUUGUGGAAGCCAGGUCACUUUAAAAGAGAUUGUCGCAGCGCCGGGGGGAAGAGACCUCCAGCACCUGGUAUUUGUCCCAGAUGCCAGAAGGGACGGCAUUUUGCAAACCAAUGUAAUCUAAAUAUGAUGUGAAUGGGCAUCCCAUACCGGGAAACCGGCAGUGGAGCGCGAACCCGCGGCGCGUGCAGACACAAGUUCCGCGGCCAGCCUCAACGCCCCUGCAAGCGCGGGGGGAGGAGCGGGGGACCGGAGGGUUUCCAGUCUCUCUCCCGCAACAGCAGGGAGUGCCGGCCUGGACCUGGCAACCGCCCACACAGUAACGCUGCUUGAUUCCUCUGUUCACUUACUGCCUACCAAAGUUGCAGGCCCUUUGCCUCCUCAAACGCAGGCUUUAUUAUUGGGAAGAUCAUCCACCACCCUGUCAGGGCUUUUUGUAUUGCCUGGAGUAAUUGAUCCUGACAGUAAUUCCGAAAUCAAAAUUAUGGCUUGGACCCCAUUUCCUCCUUGCACAGUACCAGAGGGAAGUCGUAUUGCUCAAUUGAUACUGAUCCCUAAGGAGGACUAUGUCUCAAUCCCUGACCAAAUGCUCCCGCGGAGACAGGGAAGCUUUGGGUCUACGGGAGAACCACUAAUUUUAUGGGCUCAAGCCAUCUCACAAAAGCGUCCUAUAUGUCAAUGUACCCUCAUUUGCAGAGGUCAGCAAGUCGUGUUGAGUGGAAUCAUUGAUACAGGUGCAGAUGUUACCGUUAUUUCUCAAGCGAAGUGGCCUUCUAGGUGGCCUUUAGCUGAUAUCUCUCAGACGUUAGCAGGGAUUGGGGGGUGCGGAGCUAGCCGCCAAAGCGCAGAAAUGAUACAAGUUCAAAAUUCAGAAGGACAAGUUGCCUCAGUCAAACCGUUUAUCUUACCAGUACCUAUGGUCUUGUGGGGACGUGAUGUGUUGUCUCAGUGGGGGGUGUCUAUCCAGACACAUUUUUAGGUGGGGCCAUUGAGGGGCGUGAAACCCUAAAGUUAACCUGGAAGACAGACACUCCUAUUUGGAUUGAUCAAUGGCCCCUGCCACUGGAAAAACUUCACGCCCUCCAAGAAAUAGUUAACGAACAACUAUCUAUGGGACAUAUUGUACCCUCAACGAGUCCUUGGAACUCGCCUAUCUUUGUUAUUAAAAAACUGACUGGCAAGUGGCGCCUGCUCCAUGACCUCAGAAAAAUUAAUGACGCUAUGGAAGAUAUGGGGGCCCUGCAGCCUGGGCUUCCAUCACCUACCAUGAUCCCUCGAGAUUGGCAUUUAACUAUCAUAGACCUCAAAGAUUGUUUUUUCAACAUUCCAUUGCAUCCAGAUGAUGCCCCUAAAUUUGCCUUUUCUGUGCCAAGCGUCAACAUGCAAGCUCCUUUGCAAAGAUACCAGUGGGUUGUGCUACCGCAGGGAAUGAAAAAUAGCCCUACAAUAUGCCAAUGGUAUGUAGCAAAGAUACUUAGUCCUGUUAGAACUGCAGUGCCUGCUGCAUUGUUAUAUCAUUAUAUGGAUGACAUUCUAGUGGCAGCACAGCACCAUGAAGUCAUGGAGGAAGCUGUAGCCCUUGUCGUGGCUGCUGUAAAAUCAGCAGACCUCUGUAUUGCACCAGAAAAAAUUCAAAGAAUGCCACCUUGGAAAUACUUAGGAUGGCGUAUAAGGGCUCAGACUAUUACCCCGCAACCCUUACAGAUACAGGCAAAUGUAAAGAACUUACAUGAUGUACAAAAACUGCUGGGUACAAUCAAUUGGGUCAGACCAUUGUUAGGAAUCAGUAAUGCGGACCUUCGUCCCUUAUUCGAAUUGCUUAAAGGAAGCUCGGAUUUAAACGCUCCGCGAACUCUUAGUCCUGAAGCCAUAGCUUCCUUGCAUAAAGCUGCAACAGCAAUUGCCUCCAGACAAGCGCAUCGAUGGGAACCAGAAUUGCCUUUUCAAUUAAUCAUCCUUAAUCCUGCUAGACAGCCUUAUGCGCUUAUCUUUCAAUGGGACUGCCAGAAAACUGACCCUUUACUAAUCAUUGAAUGGAUUUUUCUGCCUAACCAAGCCACAAAGACGAUUUCUACCCAACAUGAGAUGUUUGCAUCUUUAAUCAUCAGGGCCAGACAGCGAUUACUUACCCUGGCAGGCACGGACUUUGCCCUCAUAUGUAUGCCAGUAACAACUGUUUACCUGCAAUGGCUACAACAACAAUCAGAUGCACUAGGUAUAGCCCUGACUGGUUAUGCAGGCCAACUCACUUCUCAUCCGCCUUCUCACAAGCUGUUAAGCAUUGAUUUUCACCUUUUACCUGUUCCAAAGCGGAGUGACCAGCCUUUACAAGCCCUCACUGUAUUCACAGAUGGGUCUGGCAAAUCUCACAAGUCUGUUAUCCUUUGGUGGGAUGAACAUCGGGAACGGUGGAGCUCAGAUGUAGAGACUGUACAGGGUUCUCCUCAAAUAGUAGAAUUAUCUGCAGUUGUUCGAGUGUUUCGAAAAUGGUCUGCCCCUCUCAAUAUAAUCACUGAUUCUGCUUAUGUUGCAGGAAUUGUUAGCCGAGCAGAAGCUUCUGUGCUACGGGAUAUUUCUCAUGCGGCACUGUUCAAUCUGUUACAAGAACUCAUUUUCCUGUUAGAUUCCCGCCUUCACCCUUAUUUUAUUAUGCAUGUCCGAUCUCACACUUCUCUACCUGGUUUUAUUGCAGAAGGGAACCGACAAGCGGAUUUGCUUACGCUACCGGUGCAGGUGUUACCAGAUCGAUUAGCGCAAGCUCGACUCAGCCACUCCUUUUUUCAUCAAAAUGCUGCAGGCCUUACGUUUGUUAUUAAAACAAAAAGGGGGAAUAGGGGCUGCUACACCAGAGGAGCGCUUACAGAAAGCCUUGUAUGUUUUUAAUUUUUUGAAUUGUUCCCUGUUAGACAGCAAUCCUCCAGUAGUUCGUCAUUUUAGCACAAACACCCUUUUUGAACCCAAGAUUAAGCCGCCAGUAUUGAUCCGGGACCCCGAAACAGGUAAAGUGAUGGGACCCUAUCCCCUUGUUACAUGGGGUAGAGGUUAUGCUUGUGUUUCCACAGAGAGAGGUCCUCGCUGGAUCCCGGCAAAGAACGUGAGACCCUUCCGAGAAACAUUGCAACGACAGUCUUCUGAUAACGCUCCAGAACCUGCGUUCGAUGAGGAGAACGUUGCUCCCGAAUGAAUUCCGUCUCAGAAACAGAUAAGCGAGAGCUUCAAUGUCCAGACUGCGAAGUGUGCAAUUUCUGGAUCCUUAGAAUUUGUGCUGACUGCGAAAGACCACAGUGGUACCACAGACCUGGGAAGUAAACCCCGAUAAGUGGGAGGAAACAAAAAGGAGGUGUCGGAAAAAGAGAAACAGAAGGAAGACUAAGAGCCUGCAGGAAUGGGCCAAGUAUUAAUCUUUUUGUUAAGUACUAUAAGCUUAGGUCUUAGCUUUGAUUUACAUCAUGUUGACCCUCGUACUAAUGUGUGGCUCACGUGGGCAAAUCGUACUGGGACCACAGACUUUUGUCUGUCCCUGGCGCAAGUAAGCGAUCCGUUUAGAACAUGUUUAAUUGGGUACCCAUAUGUACACCUAGACGAUUUUCGAGGUUACGUUAACACCCCUGAUUUGUCGAAUGUACUCAAUCCCUCAUAUUGGCAAUGGAGGAGAAAUAACAGUGACGGAUGGUGUAUAAAAAGUAGCGACUGGCCAGUAGAGCAGGGAGCCAUGCUCCAGCAAGGCUUAAUUCAAAGGCUCAAUUUCUCUAAUCACUUACCGUUUCAGGAACUGACACUUUGGGGCUCCUUCCCUCCACAGGGGGAAUGGGAGAACAUCUCAAAUCGCGAAAAUUGCUCUAAUAUGAGUCCGGAGAUUCUUCCUGUUAACGGGACUGGAGUGGUCUAUUUUGGUGAUAGCUGGACUGGGUAUUUGAUUCGAGAUGGUCACAAAGAGACAUUAGAUUCACUGAUUCAUUAUCAAAACGUGUCAGGUAACUCUGGCCAUUGGAACAUUUCGAUGAAUACAGGGACUAGAGAUGUGGCCGAUAUCACUGGACAGGUAAGGUUGCCAAAAGGCUAUUUCUUGAUUUGUGGAGAUAGAGCAUGGCCCGGAAUUCCUUUUAAACCUGUGGGAGGACCUUGUUAUAUUGGGAGACUUACGCUGUUCGCACCCCAUAUGAGGGACGUGCUUAAUCGUUCCCUGAGCAAUAGUACCAGAUCAAAAAGGUCAUUGCGACAAUUACAACCAGAUUGCGAUGAUCACGUCAAUUUAGGGUCUUUAGGAUCUACUAUAGCUCUGUCCCUAUUUUUGCCUGGUGGAAUGGCCGCAAGCAAUUGGAAUAAAAUAAAACAAUUGGCAUGCUGGGCUGUCAAAGAAUUUAACACGACCUCUGACAUUUUGUCAGGAUUAGCUCAAGAUGUAGAUAGCUUACGACAUGUAGUCUUACAGAAUCGUGCCGCCAUAGAUUUCCUUUUACUAGCCCACGGACAUGGAUGUCAAGAAUUUGAAGGAAUGUGUUGCAUGAAUCUAUCUGACCACUCUGUGAGCAUUCAUAAACAGAUUGCAGAACUACGAGAAAGGAUUCACAAUGUGCAGGAAGGAAUGGAUGGACUCGAUGGGUGGCUAGCUUCUUGGGGAAUUACAGGGUGGAUAAAAGAUUUACUUAAACAGGGAAUUUUGAUCCUUUUAGUAAUUUGUGUAUUAUUACUAACGAUUCCAUGUAUUUUGCAGUGCUUACAAAAGUCGAUAACCGCUUCAGUAAAUAAGAUUUUUCUUGUACAAGCACAAGACCUCCCGAAAACUCCCAGUACAGAAGCAAGACGUCCUCGAACUGGUUGGGCGCCGACCUUGGGAAGAAGCAAAUGUUUGAAAACAAAAAGGGGGAGAUGUGGGUUAUCUUGGCUGUAUUUAUAGGCAAUGUGCUGAUUUUAGUUAUUGGACCUGCUGUGUUAGCAUGGGAAGUUACUGGGGGGUUGUGGAAAAUUACAGCCGAUGGGUGUAAGAACAAAGCACAGGAGCUGGUGGUUUGGCAACAGUAUCUUGUUAUAGUCGCGCGAAGCUUUCCUAACAUGAAAGGCAUGUAGUUACAAGGACCUAAGAUAAGAUAUGCAUGCUUUCUUACUAACCUAUCAUGAGCUCAGCUUUUGUAAUAUGUAUGAGCUAAUUAGUUGGUAUACCAAUCAGUAUAAUCCACGAUAGUAGUUGUAAUGUAUGUAACAGUAUAAAAGGAUUGUGUAGAGAACAAUAAAGUGGACACUUUGCUUGCA